UCGUUUAUCUCAUUCUUUUAUAAUAAAAAACAACGCAAAUGAUAUUUUCUAUGGUCAAUUUUUCGGCAUUGACCAAAGAUAUUUAAAUAUCGUGAUAAUUAUGUUGUGAUACUGUUUUACUACAAAAAAAAAAGCAAAUAAACUGGAAGUAUCGUGACGUAGUAGUAAUUUCCCUCUUCCUCAACCCCCUUUGCCCCAGUGAUCGUCAUUAUCGUUUCUUCUACAGUAUAUACUUUGUUCCCGUUGUGUACGUAUAUACUUUGAUGCGCGAGUGCGCGAGUGUGUGCAUGAGAACACCCCCACCCAGCCCCUUCUUUCCCCUCUACCCCUACUUCUUCUCCUUCUUCUUCUUCUCCUACGCGGAUCGUCACGUUCUCGCCGUAUUUUCGGCGGCGAUUCAUAUUUUCGUCCACGCUAGCUCAUCUCUCUCUCUCUUCAUCCUUCUUGCUCAUUCUCCCUGGCCUAUUGCGCAAGCAGGUAGUCGGAAAUAGCACCGUAGCUCCUCGCGGUUAUGAAUUGAUAGCAAACACAUGCUGGACACGACGGUGAACUUUUUUCCACCGGGGGGUACCACCUUCCUCUUUUUCUUCUUUUCGUCAUAUUCGUCAUCGUCGUCAUAUUCAAAAGUCAGAAAACUCUAUCGAGUGAACAACAACGAACGAUGAUAUUUUCUUCUUCUUCUUUUUCUUCUCCUUCUUCUUCUUCUUAAUCUGUUUCAAUCCGAUUUUUCGUUGUCGAGAAUGCGUUAUUUGGAGUUUUGUCGUCGUGGUCGUUAUCGUGGUGUCAUCAAACUGUUCGUCAUUAUUUUUGUCGUCGAAGUAUCUCGGGGUUCGUGCAUGUUCGCCGAUUACACGAGGACUACGGCACACAUGUACGUGGACUACGCUACUACGGAUACGUACGUCGGAAUGGGAAUCAAGGCCAUGAAGUCGUAUGGCAGGCCGAGAGAUAUACCGGCACAAGUGCCGCCGUUAACGCCUGGGACCAACAAAAAAAUGACAGAGGCCCUAGAGGCCUCAUUUGCUUCUUGGGAGAAAGAGAGAGUACGUCUAAAUAUAAAUAAAGACCCAAGGCAAUGGUCGGAAGCAGCUGUCGCCCACUGGUUGCAUUGGGCUAUCCGUGAAUUUUCGUUCGAGGGUGUGGCCAUGCAACCCUGGCAGCACAUGACCGGAAAACAGAUUUGCGCUAUGGGAAAGGAAUCCUUUUUAGCACGUGCCCCAGCCUUCAUGGGUGACAUUUUAUGGGAACACCUUGAAAUGCUGCAAAAAGAUGUCGAUGCUGAGAAGGCCUCAUUGGAGAAUACUGCAACAAGCAACUUGUACGAAAGCGUAUGCGUACCAGAUUUAGGUGAUUUUUUGGGAUACCAAGAUUCGUCUGGUCAUCAGGAUCACAAAAGUCCAGCUACGACACCAGCAAGUUCUAACAGCACUAACUCGUCCGGCCAAACGCACGGUCCUACCACUCAGACAACAACCCCUACGCAACAACAGCCAUCGUCCGGCGCUGUUUCUUUGGCCUCGAGACAAUAUCAUAACGACGGAGGUUAUGCGCAUUUACGUAGUCCCGUGUGUCAGGAUGAAAGUCAGAGGGAAGAAACUUCGCCGCCACCCCACAGCCAUAGUACACAACCUCCUAAUUCUCAUUCCAGUACACCCACGGGAAAUAACAACAAUAACAACAACAACAAUGCAAAUAAUGCAUAUAUACACCUACGAAAUUUAAAUGAACUCAAAACGGAAUCGAACUAUAGCAGCCACCAUAUAGCAGCGGAGCACUUACAAGGAGGAACCGGCGGAUUGGCCAGUGGCGGUGAUCUCGGUGCAACGGGGACCAAUGAGAGCGAGCUUAGGGUUAACAAUACCGGAACGACAGAAGACUACAUUACUCCCGCGCAUUAUUCUGGAUAUGACGAGGCCUCUGAUUAUCACGGUCUAUCGCAGGAUCAUCAAACUCCUCAUACCUAUAAUCUAGAUAGUUCGCCAGAAUUUUACAGUACCAGUGGUAUCCACCUCGAGCCGAAGUAUCAACCAUCGCCGUUUAAAAAUUAUCCUCGAGCGAGAUAUCACGAAGGAUACAGUGAAAGCGGUGGAUACAGUCAAUACGAUGCGACACCAUUUCAAACGGUUCCUGGGAGUGGAAACACAGCAACUGGAGCUGCUGGUGUUGGAAGUGAACAAUGGGGUGUUGCACCUAUCGGUGAACAUCUUUCUCAUCAUCCAGCGUUCAUCGCAAGUCUUAGCUCGCGAGAUUCAUCUGGUGCACACCAUCCACCUUCCAUUGGUAAUAACGCCGAUCAAAAGCCUCUCCUGCAGAGUGCAAUGAUCGCAGCUAGUUAUACCGGUGAUAAUUGUGCAGGUGGUGGUCCAUAUUUCACAGGUUCAGGACCAAUACAACUCUGGCAAUUUUUAUUGGAACUUCUGACCAAUAAAUCAUGUCAGAGUUUCAUCUCGUGGACGGGAGAUGGUUGGGAAUUUAAACUUACGGAUCCCGAUGAAGUGGCACGACGUUGGGGUGUUAGAAAGAAUAAGCCUAAAAUGAAUUACGAAAAAUUAAGCCGCGGUCUACGGUACUAUUAUGAUAAAAAUAUUAUACAUAAGACUGCUGGUAAGCGUUACGUAUACCGUUUCGUCUGUGACUUACAAAAUCUACUUGGAUGUAAUCCAGAGCAACUCCAUGCAAUGGUGGACUUGAAACCGGAAAAGAAGGAAGAAGACUGAGCUUUCUAUAAUGAAUGUGUUGUUUUAAGACAAUGUUACUGAUAUAAACGAAUAUAACUAAUUUCUACGGCAUCGUGCAAGAAAGUUUAACAAGAAAAAAGAAAA